AUGGCAGAACUCGGCAUGUCGCCAAACCAACAGGACCAUGGUCCUCCCUACGUACCCAUGAAUGCGACGCCGGGCCAACAUCCCAACGUUAGACAAGAUGUUGCAGCAAGCGCCGUAUUCUUGUUCCUCUACAUCGUCUCCGCCGUCUGUCACCAAGCCACCUUCCAGACAAACCGCAGGAAAGGCCACAAGUUCCUCAUGUCCUGGGCAAUGUUUGGUUUCGCAAUGGCAAGAUUUGGAACGUUGAUCUUCAGAAUCGCGUGGGCUUGCAGACCGUACAACGGCAGUGUUGCGCUGACCGCGACUAUCUUCGUCUUCCUUGGAGUGCUCGUCAUCUACUGCGUGGUCCUUCUCCUCUCCGUACGGACCCUGAGGGCUCGUCAACCCACUUUCGGAUGGAACCCAUGGCUGGACAACUUCAUCAAGGCGAAUUACUGGGCUCUGCUGGUGGUGGUGCUCGUCGUCAUUCCCUUUGGAAUCCUUUCUGGCUAUACCAAGGACGAGGAAUUGCUGAACGCUUGCGCCUGGAUCGAGAAGGUCGGUGUUCUCUACUUCUUCCUGCUGAACUUGAUCGCGCCAGUCCUCUACUUUCUCGCCUUAUUCAUGCCACGCCCCAAGGACGUCCCACCCGAAAAUUUUGGUACUGGCAGCAUGCGGGCGAAGCUCAUUAUCCUCGGGGUGGUGCUAUUUUUCACCGUUUUCAUCUCCGGGUUCCGCUUUGGAGUCGCCUGGUCGCCGUACCGACCUCUCUCGGACCCUGCUUGGUAUGAUAGUAGGGCUGCCUUCUACAUCAUCGAACUGGGCUUCGAGUUGGUCAUCACCUUCACUCUGAUCUUCACACGAUUCGACCGCCGCUUCUGGAUACCGAACGGCAGUAAGCAGCCCGGCGACUACUCUCGCAUCGAUCCCGAUGGCAAAGAACACGCGCAGAUCCAUCUCCAGCACCAGCAGGAGAAGUCAGGAGCCCAAGCAGAGGAAACGUCUUAA